CUUGGUUGAGGUUAAUAAUAGUUCUCACUAAAAACUAUUAACGACGUAUAGUUUAAAGUGGUGUUACAAUAGUAAUUUGUGAAUAAUGAAUACUGAACAAAUUUUGAAGUACGACAUUAAACAAUGUUUAAAUUUAAUAGUAGUUGGUAAAGAUACAGAUGUUACUGAAGGAUGGAUCAGACUUAAAAAACUAGAAAGUGAACCUGUAUAUGGGCAAUUAAAUAAUUAUGAAACUAUCUUACGAGAAAUACUCAGUGAUGAGAUAAAAAAUGUGCAAGAAGUACCAAAGAUCUUGAUCUGGUUUUCAAAAUAUUUAACAGAGAAACCAUUUACCGUUCAACCAAUUUCAAAUGAUAUUGCAACAAUGUUAAGAAAUACAGAAAUCAGUGACAUGUCUCAUUUGACAAUGAUACUUCAAGUAUUAUUACAACAUAGUGUCUAUUUAUCAGAAUCUGUGAGUCAUUCGAGACUUUCCGAAGCAGUUGUUGUUAGUUUAUCUACUUUUGUAAUGCCGUGUGAUCCAAAAAAAAUUUCCGAGUUUAAUGACAAUGCUACUAAAGUACAAAACUUUUUGAAGGUAGUAAGGUCAAAGUCUAAGAAUAUUGAAAAUGAUAAUUUAAUUUUUAUAUGUUUGCAAACAUUAUAUAGAAUAAUAUCUGAUACUAAACAAAAACAAGAUCCUGGGCCAGGUUUGGCUGCUGUAUUACAAGUGGUAGAACCUUCUAUCAUACCACAAGCUGUUAACUGGAUUCUUUCUGAAUCACAUUCUAAUGCCCAAUUAACUCAAGCUUUAAAAGUUUUAUGUAGUUGGCUUCCAAAAUGGAUAGGUGAUCGACUUAGUACUUGGAUUAUGGAAUUUAUACUUGGCUUAGAAAAACGACAUAAGUAUUCAAUACUUAUUGAGGUCACAAAAGCUAAACUUGAUAUAAUGUUUCAUGCUUUAUCAGUACCUGUAUUUCGUCAAAAUGCUUCCACAAUUAUAUUUUAUAUAUUAAAAAGGCAAGGAUCUCCAUCCUUGUUCCAAAAUAUAGUAAGAAACACACAAAUGGUGAUAUCUUCUUUUCUAAUGAAAGAAUAUUCUGAAUCAAGCAAGGAAUGUAUACAGAAUUUAGUUGAUAUCAUGAAAAUACUUACAUUAAGAUUUUCAAAUCAGCGUGUCUAUAAUAAUUUGGAAAGUAGCUUCCCAGUACAACCCCGAAUGCAUAUUGUUAAGGAAAUAUGGAAUGAACAUGUUUGGGUGGAUGAAAUGGAAGAGAUUGAACCAGUAAUUGAGUCACCAAAAACCCAUUUGGGAAAAGUUGGAUUAUCAAAUCUUGGAAAUACAUGUUAUAUGAAUAGUGUAUUGCAAGCAUUGUUAAUGACCAGACAAUUUUGUUAUGAAGUAUUAAUGUAUAAACCUUCAAACAAAGUUGAUGAUCAAGUUGUGCUUAAAAAAUUGCAAAAUUUAUUUGUAUUGUUAUUAUAUUCAAAGAGGAUUUCCUUGGCACCAACUGAAAUUUUAUUAGCUUCACGUCCUGCUUAUUUUCUACCGGGUCAACAACAAGAUAGUUCAGAAUUUCUCUGUCAUCUUUUAGAUCUUUUACAUGAGCAAGAGAAAUCAACUAGUAUAAAUAGUGAAGCUAACAAUUCUAAUCUUAAGUACAAGGAUGAUAGAGAAAUAAAUGAUAUUUCAUCAACAAGUGAAGAAGGAGCUAGUAUUAAACGUUGGACAACUGAAGAAGAUUUAAGUGGAAGUAUUGUACUGGAAAGGAAAACACAAUCACUAGCAGAUUUUACUCAAGGAGAAGACUUGGCACAAGUUCAGCAACUUAGUGAUUCACAUUCAGAUUCCACAGACAGUGGAAUACAAUCUGUAGGUGGAGAAGAUACAAAUACACAAAUACCUCUUGUACAUAGAGUACUAGGAGGAAAAUGUAAAAUUACUUAUCAAUGUGCUCAGUGUGAUACUAGUUCUCAUAAUGCGGAUAAAUUUCGUGAUUUACAAUUGUGCUUCCCAGAGGAAAUACAAGAGAAUCAGGAAGUUUCUGUACAAGAUCUCAUCAAUUAUUAUCUUACACCAGAAAAAUUGACUGGUGAGAAUAAAUAUCGUUGCGAUAAAUGUAUGAAGCUAUGCGAUGCACAAAGGAUCAUAAAAAUAUUGCACACACCGACAUAUUUAAUUUUAAUAUUAAAACAUUUCCGUUAUGAUUUCGAUACCAGAUUAAGAACGAAAUUACGGCACAAAGUAAUGUAUAACGAAACUAUACAAUUACCAGUGUCAACGCCAUUAUGCACAACUACAGAAAAUUAUCAGCUGUAUGCUGCUGUGGUUCAUUCAGGUUAUAGUAUGGACUAUGGCCACUAUUUUACUUAUGCUCGCGAUUCAAAACAAAAUUGGUAUAAAUUCAAUGAUAGUUAUGUUUCACAGACGACAUUUAAUGAUUUUAAAGAUUUAAAACCUCCAGACACGCCUUAUAUAUUAUUUUAUGAGAAAACUGUGCCGUUUGAAGGACUUUAUGACGAGGAUAAACCUGAAUUGUUAACAUUAAGUAAAUAUUUACAAGAAUUAGUAGCAAACGAUACUACAGCUUAUAUCGAGGAAUUGAGGCAUCAAGCUGAAAAAUCACAACGUGGACGGCAUAGUUCGAUAUUGUUUCGAAAGAAUGAGAAUUCGGAUGAUGAAAAUCCUCCACCUAGUAAUUGUCGGGGCGCAGUUCAUAUGCCUGCGAGUCGUUUUCUUUAUUAAGUUAUUUUAACAUUUAAAUAUUAUAUUCUUUUAUAAAAUUAAUCGAAUAUUCCAAGUAAAUUUGUAAUACAUUUUCCUUAUGUUAGUAAGGAAGACAGAGUUCCUUUUUGA